AUGACCACAACACAGGUCCGCACCAUCCCACCCGUCAUCGAGGCUCAGCAGUCGCGCAAAGACGCAGAUACCCCUGCUGAGAAGCAAUCGUCCUCAAACAUGUCGGACAAGGGUGAACAAGAUACCAAACAGCCGUCCAACGACCACGAACAGUCGUCCACACAUGAGGAGAAUGAGCCGCAACACGAGCAUGAUCACAACAACGACGACGACAAGGCGGCAGCGCUCCUCAUUCAGCGCAACUACCGCGGCUACCGUACUCGGCGGCAGCUCGACGGAUGCAACAUCUCUGCCGAUACCCGCUGGUCCGAUGCCGUCCAUCGAAUGCGCCUCGAACAGGCCAACAAACACUCCAACACUGGUCGCAAUGACGCCAGCUCCAGAUGGAAGCGAGGCAAGCUCCUAGCCGGUCAGCUUUCCGGUGGUGAAAAGAUGGACUCGUCUCCGGACAGCGAAGGCGGCAAUGGUCGCACCGACGAGCCCGUCGAGGGAGGUCCUUCGCUCGAGCCAAGCAAAAAGGAAGGAGACGAACAUUCAUUGCUCGAAGCCGAUACACAGGUAGGCGAUGUGCCAGGCGGUCAAGACGGCGACAAGGUCGACAACAUUCGCAGCAUCGCCCAAGGGCAAAAGGGCCUCAAGAUGAUCGAGUGGUGGACGCGCGGCGGCAAAGCCCAAGAAUUGAGCAAGAUGAUGGAAGAGCAGUACUGGCUCGAGAUGGUGGACCGCAAACAUCGAUACGGCUCCAACCUCAAGUACUACCACAAGGCUUGGCAAGAGGCAGACACCAAGGAAAACUUCUUCAAGUGGCUCGACGAAGGCGACGGCAAAGACGUCAGCCUCGACGACUGUCCGCGCGACCGUCUCGACUCGGAGUGUGUCAUCUAUCUCAGCUCGGAGCAGCGCCGCAACUACAUUGUCGACAUCGAAGACGGCAAGCUCAUCUGGCGUAGAAAUGGCAAGCCCGUCGAUACUCAGCGCAACAAGCACAAAGAUCUGGGCAAAGGACGCGGAAUCGUCGACAUCGGCGAAGAGGAGCAGCAAGAGAUACGCAAGGACCGUGAACGCCGAGCGCUCGAGCGAGGUGUCUCCGAAAGUUCCCUCGACUCGUAUCUCGAUGGCACUUCCUCCUCCUCCUCUUCGGACUCCAGUGACGGCGAAGAAAUGUCCAAAGGCGACCGCACACAAGCAGCUCAGCACUAUCAGUCCAAACGCAGCGGCAAGUCGCGCCAUCUUGAUGCUCUUAGUCCGUCUAACUGGUCGGACAUGCUCCUGCGCAAGACCAUCGGCAACAACACGUGGAUCUACGUGUUCAAUUCUCGCCACGAGCUUUAUAUCGGCUUGAAGCAGACAGGCUACUUUCAGCAUUCCUCCUUCCUGUACGGUGGUCGCGUGCUCUCGGCUGGCUUGCUCAAGGUCGACAAUGGCACCUUGACGAGUCUCAGCCCGCUCUCAGGGCACUAUCGUGCCGGUACAGCUCACUUCCGAUACUUUGUGAAAAAGCUGCAGGACGCCGGUGUCGACCUCGAACGUGUCACUCUCUCAAAGAGUCUCUUGAUGCUGGCGGGUAUGGAAAAGUACGGCAAAGUCAUGAGCAAGACCAAGUCGUCCAAGAAGCGUGACAAGAAGAAGAAGAACGAGAAGAAUAGGACCGAGGUCGAGGGAGAUGAUCAGGAUGGAUCGGGAGGAAAGGAUUCGCUGGCUAGUAGGUUGAAGCAGAAACUCAACUUGGGCUCCAAGAAGCGUACCGACGAGGAGACCGAUGCGGGAGCGGAAGCUGACACGGAGGACAAGCCGAGUGGUCUCGCACGAUUGAAGGAGAAGCUCAAGCCUUAG